AGGGAGGCCCUGUCGUCAUGGUGCCAGGGGGGAAAGGGACUCGAGCAAGGCGGAGCCUCGGGGGUCUUCGGCGAUCGCGGAGUCGCCGGCUAAGUCGUCGAGAGGGGGUCAGGUCACCGGUGCCCGUGUGGAUAGAAAAACGCCGCCCACCCGAUCGCGUUCUGGGGCCAGAGUUUCUGCGGAUUUUCUUUUUCACACAUGUGUGCCACCGCUUCGUUGCCCUGGGCACACAUGUCUCCAGGUUGAUGAAGGGGAGCCAAGGCUGGCUCAGGUGUCGCCGCAUCGCGAUGUUAAGCCUCGGGCCGGGUAUCAAACGUCUUCCGUCACAUGGGCUAUGAAGAGCAACUCUUCGAGAUCCAGUUCGGUGAGGAUGCCGGUUCAGAGGGGGCCGGUGUCCGGGGCUGAAGGGACGGUCCCUCACACGCGCAUCGCCGAUGAAAACGCAGUGCAGAAUUACUACCGAUUGGGACGACAGCUGGGCAGCGGCAGCUUUGGGACGGUGUACGAGGCCACUCAUGUCGAGACCGGAGUAAAAUGGGCCAUCAAGACUGUCAACAAGGAGAGGGCUGGGAGCUCUGGGGUACGGCUCCUGGAGAGAGAGGUGGUCAUUCUGAAACGAGUUCAACAUCAGAACAUCAUCCACCUGGAGGAGGUGCUGGAGACCCACAAGCGCGUCUACCUGGUCAUGGAGCUGUGUGAGCUGGGGGAGCUGCGGGCCGUGCUGGAGCAGAGGAAGCGGCUGUCGGAGGCCGAGGCGAGGCACGUCGCUCACAGCCUGGCUGGAGCCAUCGCGUACCUGCACAAGCACGACAUCGUGCACCGGGACCUGAAGCUGGAAAACAUUCUGGCGAAGAGCAGCGAGCCGCACGAGGGAAUCGACCACCUCGACAUUCGGGUGACGGACUUUGGGCUGUCGGCGGUGCGGGAGGGGAAUGGAGCUGCCUCGAUGCUUCAGUCUCCGUGCGGAACGCCCAUCUACAUGGCUCCCGAGGUGAUCCAGAGCCAGGACUACAGCCAGCAGUGUGACGUGUGGAGCAUCGGCGUCAUCCUCUACAUGCUGCUGUGUGGAGAGCCUCCCUUCAUGGCCCAUUCGCAAGAGAAGCUCUUUGAGCUGAUCAUUAAGGGAGAGCUGAGCUUCACCCAGCCAGCCUGGGAGGAGGUCAGCGAGAGCGCCAAGGAGCUGCUGCGAGGGCUUCUCAAGGUGGACCCGGCUCACCGGCUUACGGCCAGCGAGCUUCUGCACGACCACUGGGUCACGGGCGACACCUCAAGCCUCGGCAGGCCGCUCAACGUGCUGGAGAUGAUGAAGCGGUACAAGGAAACUGGCGGCGGCGAAUGUGACGGGGAUACUCGGUGGGAGGGAGCAGCCGUGCGGCGCGACGCUACCAGCGGCGGUGGCAGCGUCGACGGCGGCGCCGGCAACGGCCUGGGACCCGGUGGGGAGCUGGAGGCUCGGGGGCGCUUGGAGGCCGGAGACGGACGUGGGGCGAGCGAGACGCACGAAUGCAAGUCGGCCACGGACGGUGAUGUGGCCAGCGGCGGUGGAGGGAGCAGUGGCAGCAAACCACCGACUCCGACUAGAAAGGGCUCCCAAGCAUCCAUCAAGAAACCCUCUGGGCCGUGUCUCCAGGGAAAGCAAGGCAAGAGAGAAGUCAGCACCAAUGGCGUCACCAGGCCCAAGAUGCCCACGGUCGGCCGGCGCGCCAGCAUGCCGUGCACGUCGUUGCGCGGCCCGUCCGCGGAGGGCCUUCCCCUCGGGGCCGGCGCGACGGCCCAGCCGCCGCUGGCGCCCACGGUGCGGCGCGCCACGCUCAGCAGCCGCGGGGAGGCGCGGCGGGGGCCGGGGUCGGCCCCGUCGCCCCGGCCCGAGCUGGCGCCCGAAGGCGGCCCGACCACGGGCAGGCCCGGCGGGGGAGGGAGGACCGUGGCACCGUGCGCCAAGAACGCGCACCGCAACUUCUAG